GAGCAUGAUCGACGUGGGCUACCCGUCCUGGCUGCUGCGCGAAAUCAACGGUCUUGAUUCCUCGAAGCGUUCCCACCUACCGAUUAGUUGAGCUCCUUUGACUCGUUUAUUAUGUCCUAAUUUCUUAUCUUUAGACUCUUGAUUCUCUCCCUGUACUGGAAGGUGGGUAGUUCGGUCGUGGUGCGCUGUCAACCCUUUUUAAUCUGUUGCUUUCUGCCAUACCCAGAUCUCAUUUCCAGUAAUUCAACUAUCUUCAUUUCUCAAUCCUUAAGAUUCAGGAUUCAGGAUAUAAAUUAUGGCCACUCCUCCCACAAGAAUAGGACUUGCUGGGCUGGCUGUGAUGGGCCAAAAUCUGGCUCUCAAUAUUGCUGAGAAAGGCUUCCCUAUUUCUGUUUAUAACCGAACCACAUCCAAGGUUGAUGAGACUGUGGAACGAGCUAAACAGGAAGGAAAUCUCCCUGUAUAUGGCUUCCAUGACCCCGAAUCCUUUGUCAAGUCCAUUCAAAAACCUAGGGUUGUGAUCAUGCUUGUGAAGGCUGGGGCACCCGUUGACCAGACCAUUAAGACCCUAUCCAUGUACAUGGAGAAAGGUGAUUGUAUAGUUGAUGGGGGUAAUGAAUGGUAUGAGAACACCGAGAGGAGAGGGAAAGCAAUGGCUGAAUUGGGUUUGCUUUACCUGGGAAUGGGAGUUUCAGGUGGUGAGGAGGGUGCUCGACACGGUCCCUCUUUGAUGCCUGGCGGUUCUUUUGAGGCUUUCAGAUACAUAGAAGACAUUCUCCUGAAGGUGGCAGCUCAAGUUCCUGACAGUGGUCCUUGUGUUACAUACGUUGGUAAAGGUGGAUCUGGCAAUUUUGUGAAAAUGAUCCAUAAUGGAAUUGAAUAUGGUGACAUGCAGCUGAUUGCUGAGGCUUAUGAUGUGCUGAGGUCAGUUGGAAAAUUGUCAAAUGAGGAACUACAUAAUGUCUUCUCUGAAUGGAACAAGGGAGAACUUCUGAGUUUUCUUAUUGAAAUUACUGCAGACAUAUUUGGAAUUAAGGAUGAUAAAGGAGAUGGAUAUCUGGUUGACAAAGUUCUUGACAAAACUGGCAUGAAGGGUACUGGUAAGUGGACUGUUCAGCAAGCUGCUGAAUUAUCAGUUGCUGCUCCCACUAUUGAAGCCUCUUUGGAUGCUAGGUUCCUUAGUGGGUUGAAGGAGGAAAGGGUUGAAGCUGCAAAGGUCUUCAAAUCAGGUGGCUUUGGUGAUAUCUUGGCUGAUCAACCUGUAGACAAGGAGAGGUUGAUCGAUGAUGUUAGGAAAGCUCUUUAUGCAGCAAAAAUCUGUAGUUAUGCACAGGGAAUGAAUCUAAUUCGUGCAAAGAGUAUUGAAAAGGGAUGGGAUUUGAAGUUGGGAGAACUAGCAAGAAUUUGGAAAGGUGGUUGCAUCAUAAGAGCAAUAUUCUUAGACAGAAUCAAGAAGGCAUAUGACAGGAACCCCAACCUUGCUAACCUUCUUGUGGAUCCUGAGUUUGCAAAGGAAAUAAUUGAUAGGCAAUCUGCCUGGAGAAGAGUUGUAUGCCUUGCUAUCAACUCUGGCAUCAGCACGCCAGGUAUGUCCGCCAGUCUUGCUUAUUUUGAUACAUACAGAAGGGAAAGAUUGCCGGCCAAUUUGGUGCAAGCUCAGCGAGACUACUUUGGCGCUCAUACAUAUGAAAGGAUCGAUACGGAGGGGUCUUUCCAUACUGAAUGGUUCAAGCUUGCCAAACAGUCGAAAAUUUGAGAUAACUGGUAUUGGAGCCCGUCAGAAUUCCCAAUAAAUGCAAUGUUUUCUCCUCAAGACUGUUUGCUGAGUGGGGAUUACGCACCUGCCAUAUGACGAAACUUUAUUUUUUAUUUGAAGUGUUUGGUUUUUCGUUUAUCAACUAGUUUAACGUGUCCACGCUGGUCCUGCUGAGAUUGUCUCAAUAUGUUGCUUUUUCUCCAUCUGCGAAGAUUUCCGCAGCCCAGCCAACUAUGUUUAAUAAGUCGCUGUACGUCUUGAAGCUUUUAAUAUCAUUUGGUGCUUUUCCUUUCAUA